AUGAGAUUGAACGUCCUCUCACGUCAAUUAAACAUGGCUAUGGCAAAUGGAGCUCUUCCACAGACUCUCAAGUCUAUCACCGCAACGAAAAUCAGUGAACUCUCCAAGCAACGCGUCCUAUUUGACCGACGUAAAACGGAAAUUCUUGCAGUUGCGAACGCUGCCCCAGAUCGGCGCACCCAUGCUCAGGCUUUGCUAGAUGGAAUCUCACGCCUGAAAGGAUACAAAGAGGAUUCGCUCGACAAAGAUGACCUGGAUCUAGAUGCCGAUUCCUCGGAUAAGGAGUCAGAUGACAUUCUCACUUCACGAGGAGUCGGUCGUUUACAGCCCGAAGAUCAUAAGAAUAUUCGUCGCUUUCUUCUGCAAAGUCGCCACGACCCUUCUAUCUCCCAAGCAGCUCUACAGGGUCGUAUCGAUCAACUUGAAAAGGAACUGCGGUAUCUUGAGAUCAAGCAUGAGCACAGUGCUUUCUAUAGCAAUUUGGUUACAGAGUGGUUGUCCGAGUUAGAUGGAAGCAUUAAUUCCACUGCGAGCGAAACCAAAUCCACCGACUCCAACCCGGAUUUCGAAACCGUUGGGCGGGCAGAAAUGCACGAGCAACGCGCGACUUGGGAGUCCUUGGUUUUCACUGCCGCCACUCAUGUCGACGAGGACGCAAUCCGGACCUACCUCAACGAUCUCUUCACACAUAGCAAGCUUUCUCAACAGGCACUCAAGGAUCUACGAACAAGUAUCGAAUCGUUUGGAAAGGACUUGGCCUCAAAGGGUGAGUGGCUCGAUGUGGACGAACUCAAAUGGGUCUCUGGUGCACUACUCAAGAGUGAUAUCCUCAGCGAUGAAAAGACAGCCAUUCUGAAAGAGUUUAUGCGUAAUAAUGAGGUUGCCCAAGAGGUGGCAGAUGUGCUCAACAUGCGCAUUGCCUCGCUUGAGAGCUGGACAUGGACUGGAGAUGCAGAGGGUAUUCCUGUUGAAAUGCGCCGUCAGCUCAACGGUAAAUACCGGGUUUUCAUGGACGAAGACCUUCUAGAUGCCCUUCUGCUACAGUACAUCGGCACAAUGUGGGCUGUGAAGCUGCGAAAGGUAUUUGAGACAUUCCUAGGUUCCAACGCCUGGAAGACCCUACGAGAAGACAUCCCCGAAAAUCACAAGGAAAUGCGAAAGCACUUCCUCGGUCGAGGAGCCAACAAUGACUCUGGUAGGAUAAACGAGCUUCGAAGGGAGACAUACGCCGACGAAUAUUUCAUGAGUCAACUGCCCACUUCAACCGCUGAAGGCGCGCGGGAAUACGAUGACGCAGAGUCCGGAGAAAAAACCGUCCUGGAUACAAAGCACUCCCUUUUACACCUCCUGAUCACAGAAUCUAUCAUCCAUAAGCAUCAGCGCGGGGACUUCACUGCAGUGCGAUCUGAUUUUGAGUGGUUUGGCCCUUCAAUGCCCCAUGCCACCAUGCUCACUGUGUUGAAGUUUUUCGGGGUCUCCGAUCUGUGGAUCAAAUUUUUUGUAGUGUUCCUGGAGGCUCCGCUCAAGUUUUCCCAAGAUGGAACUGAUGCCUCUGUUCAAAUCCGCAAGCGUGGCCUUCCAAUGAGCCAUACACUCGGUGACUGCUUCGGAGAAUCUGUUCUCUUCUGUAUGGACUAUGCAGUCAAUCAAGCCACCGAAGGCGCCUUUCUGUACCGCCUUCAUGAUGACUUCUGGUUCUGGGGCGCAGAGAAUACUUGCGUCAAGGCAUGGCAGGCAAUGGAGCAGUUUACUAAGGUAAUGGGUUUGAAGCUCAACCAGAAAAAGACUGGCACUGUGCAGAUGGGCCUGAAUAAGGCCCCGAAACAGUCAGCUCUCCCCACAGGUGAUAUCCGCUGGGGCUUCCUGGUGCUGGAUGCGGAGCAAGAAAGAUUCAUAAUCGACCAGGCCAAGGUCGACGAACACAUCGAAGAGCUUUCACGACAACUUUCAUCCUGUAAAAGUGUGUUCGCUUGGGUACAGGCAUGGAACAGCUAUUUCGGCCGCUUCUUUACCAACAACUUUGCAAACCCAGCCAUUUGUUUCGGUCGGGACCAUAUCGACAUGGCCAUUUCCACCCUCAGCCGCAUCGAACGCACACUCUUCAACAAAGCCCUAGAUGAUAAGAAUCCAUCAGAUCAAAUCAGUGGUGUCACCGAUCAUUUACGCACUGUAAUCGCAGAUCGCUUCGAUAUCCAUGAUCUCCCGGAUGGGUUCUUCUAUUAUCCCAUUGAACUUGGUGGCCUGGGACUUCUCAAUCCCUUCAUUAGACUGCUCGCCAUGCGGGAGAACAUCAAACAGACCCCCCGGAAGCUACUGCACAAGGCUUCGCUGAGGGAUGAGAAAGAAUACGAGACAGCGAAAGAAAGGUUCGCGAAGAACGGCGCUGAUAUUGGCAGCCAAUUUGGGAGCAAACUGAGCGGCAAACCCAAGCCAUUCAUGUCCCUGGAAGAGUACACACGCUAUCCGGAAACAUUCAGCUCCUCUCUUGUGGAUGUGUAUACAACACUUACUGAGGUGCCGAGCGAGAUUAGUGUGGCUCGGACUUCGAGCUUUGAAAGCGAGCAAAACUCACUUGAUAAAAAGUCUUCUGCAGGCUCUAUCUCUCCUUACUGGGGGCAAAUGACACCCUACUGGCGAUGGGUGGCGGAGUUAUACCACGAAGAUAUGGUACGUACUUACGGUAGCUUGGCUGCUGUGAAUCGCGAGUCUAUGCCCCUAGGUGUCGUGAAGACACUACGGGAGGGUAAAUUUAGAUGGCAAGGCUGA